AUGUCUUCUGAGACAAUAAGCGCAUGUCUUGCUGCAAACUCGCAGUUGCGUUGCAAGAAACCUGCUCAUUGGACCUCAGCUCGUGUCAAUGUAUGUGGACUUGGCUCAAGCCCUUCAAGAGGGUGGGGUGGGCGUCGCUGGCGCUGUCCGGGAAAGGUGGGUAUUUUGCCAACCAAGCCCACCAGCCGUGAAGACUCUUAUGUCCUGAUGUCAAAGAAGGUGGUGACCAAGAAGAAGGCGCAACCGCCCGCUGUUCCUGGACUGCCAGUGAACGGGGCACAAGGCGGCGUAUUUGCGCCGAACAAGACUCGGGUGGCCCAGCAACAGCGGGUCCUUGAGACGGUAGGCAAGCAGGAUGGCAAUGACAAGAGGUAUUCGCCGCGCACCGAUGGCUUCAUUCAGAAGCUGACUCCCGUCCUGGACUUUUACCAAUACUCGGCUGCAGACAUUGCCUCUCUGGUUCGAAAGUGUCACUACGAUGAGACACAAAUUCAAAUUGCCGUCGCCAACAUCAUUGAGGAUCGUGCCAAUCAUGAGCAAGAACAAUGGGGCACUGUGAAGAAAAAGAAGCAGGUCAAGGAGGAGAAGAAAAUGAAGGAGGCUGCCCAGAAGAAGAUCGAGGACAUGCACAAGGCCGAGGAUGAAACAAUCGGAGAAGUAUCCAGGCCAGUGAUCCAGGCGCUCCACAUCAAUCAGGAACAAGAUGAAUGGAGUACGGUCAAAAAGAAGAAGCAAGUGAAGGAGGAGAAGAAGAUCCAAGAGGAAAGGAAGAUCCUGGAGGAGAAGAAGAUCCAAGAAGAGAAGAAGAUCCAGGAGGAGAAGAAGUUGAAAGAGGACGAAGAGAAGAGAAUCAAGGACCGUCAAGAACAGUUGGUGAAGGAGGAAAUGGAGAAGCAGAAAAAACAAUCCAACGAGAGGAAGGUGACCUCAGAGGGAGCGACCUCAACGCCGGCAGCGCCGGGUCCAGCGCCAGGUGCAGGCGGAAAAGGUGCUGGAAAGGCUGGAAAGAACGGCUCCAAGAACGGUCAUUUGGCCUUCACAGGCAAAGGAGGCAGCUCCACUGGCACGUCUCCGGUGUUAAAGCCCUCAGAGCCCAAGGAGAAGAGGGAAAAAGAGGGCAGUGGAGAAGAGAAGGAAGGGAAGGAAGGCGGCGAUGUGAACACCUUGAAACACGGAGGCGCAGUCCUCCCGUCAGAUCCUGCGAUCUUGUUUUCCAGUCCGAAGCCUGAGGGUGAGACUGAGCAGACCGGGAAGGAGACGGCGCCCUCUGCGCAGCCUUCACAGACCUCGCAGCCGGCCGCUAAAGCCGCGGCACCAACAGCCCCAGCAAAGCCAAAGGUCAGUGGCAGCGUUUGGAACAAACCACCAGGUUUGCCCGAGCCCGAGAAAGGCCAGAAAGAGGAUUCUCCAACCCCAGCUGAAUCCAACCCAAAGGCAGACUCGUCUGCUCAAAAGUUGGAGCGAAAGCCCCAGGGCGCCAAAGUGGGCGUACAGACCUCCCAAAGUCUCACCACCAAAGAGCCCAACGGCUCGUCCAACGGCUCUGAUCGAGAUCCCAAAGAUUCCAAAGACAAGAAAGUUGGUAGAUCUAAGCAGAGUGAGGAGAAGAAGGAUGAAUGGAAAGACAAGAAGGAUGAAUGGUGGGGUGAACAGAGCGACUCCAAAUGGAAUGGCCGUGGUUGGGACUGGAAGAAAUGGAACGACUGGAACAGCAAAGCCGAUGGUGACUGGUGGAGUGGAGAUUGGAAGAAAGGAGGUAGCUGGCAGUGGCAGAAGAAGAAGGAGGAUUCACAAGGAUGGCAGCGGAAGGACAAGUCGGAAGCUGCCACCCAAGGUGACAAGGAUAAGUCCCAAGAAGCCACAGCUAGCAGUUCCUGA